AUGGUUCCUCAUAAAAGCUGUAAAGAAAUGCUUCCUCCUUCUCCUCCGAAACUAUCUCAAGCUCAAGAGGAUAAACUGGCCGCAGACAGCAGAUACAAGUCGCUAUGGACGGCCUGGACAAAUCCUAUUCCAGCGGUGAGGAUAUAUUCAGCUCGAGGAGAAUGGGUUCUACAGAAUGCAGAUCUUCUUGAGAGUAGCAAGUUGAAGUUGAUGCAUUAUAUUGUCGACGUAAAAUUUGAUCAGAGCCUUAUAUUAUGGCAUGUUGCUACAGAACUCUGCUACCAGAAUGAGGAGGAGGAGGAGGAGAUUCAUGAAGACAAAAUAAGAUUCCGCGAUACCUGUGCCGAGGCCACACACUUCUUCAAUAGAAAGCCCGACGACCAUGGACAAGAGCAAUUUGAUCAAGAGCAUAAAGAGGCAUGUGCUAGAAUCCUUGAAGAGGAGCAAAGAUGGGGUGUAAUGAGUGAAGUGUGGGUGGAAAUGUUGUCUUAUGCUGCAAGCCAUUGCGAGCCCAAUGUUCAUGCUGCUCAACUAAACAGAGGAAGAGAGCUUAUAACCUUUGUUUGGGAUUCUAGAUUAAGAAUUAUUCAUAGAGAUCUAGAAGCAAGUAACAUCUUGUUGGAUGAAGAGCUAAAUCCAAAAAUAUCAGAUUUUGACAUGGCUAGGAUGUUUGGGAUCAAUGAAGAUCUAGCCAAUACUACAAGGGGUUACAUGUCCCCUGAAUAUGCAAUGAAAGGACGAUUUUCAGAGAAAUCAGAUGUCUUCGGUUUCAGAGUGUUGUUACUCGAGAUAAUUAGUGGAAGAAAAAAUUCUAGCUUUUAUGAUGAUGAGCAGGCCAUGAGCCUUCUAGGAUUUCAACCUGCAUUUACUGAAAGGCAGAUUGCCCCAGAUGCAAGCUCCUCUCAGCACAACCCAAGUAAACCCUCUGUUAACAAUGUUACUGUUACAAUGGUUCAAGGCCGGAGCUGCAAUGUCUUCGCAAUAGAUAUUGAAGAGGCUUUGCAUCAUGCAGUAUCAAGAAGCACCAAACACAAAGGAGAAGUUAAGCAAGAUUCCUUGAGAAGGAGGCAACAGGAUACUGGAACAACUUGUAUUGUUGCAGAGAUUCCUAGAAGGCCUGAGUCAGACUAUAAGAUAUCCCUAUUCUUUCUUCUUCUUCUUAAUCCUGCCUCCUGGAAUUCAAAAUCUUCAUUCUCACAAACGAGCAGCUUCGAAACUAUGGGACUUGUUCGAAAUACCAACUUGUCAGCUCUUCUUGUCUUGCUAUGUUGCUUUCGUUUAGAGUUUGGCUCUGCCACAGAUACCAUCACAGCCGCAAAAUUCAUUAGCGACCCUGAAACCAUAAUCUCCAAUGGGGGUGACUUCAAACUGGGAUUUUUCAGCCCCCCAAAUUCUACCUUUCGCUAUGUUGGAAUAUGGUAUGCUAACAUUUCUGUGCCCACUUUCAUAUGGGUUGCUAACAGAAACAAUCCCCUCAAGAAUUCCUCUGGAAUUCUUACCAUAUCCGAAGAUGGCAAUCUGGUAGUGUUAGAUGGGCAAAAGAAGCUUCUUUGGUCAUCAACUUUAACAAAUUCUGUUGGCAAUUCGAGUGCCCAGCUUUUAGAUUCUGGAAACCUUGUUUUGCGAGGAAACACUACAGGGGCAAUCAUAUGGGAGAGUUUCCAGCAUCCUUCUAAUACAUUCAUAAAAAAUAUGAAAAUUAGUACGGAUGUUAGAACGGGUAAGAAAGUGCAGCUGACAUCCUGGAAAAGUCCUUCUGAUCCAUCCAUUGGAAACUUCUCUGCCGGUAUUGAGGUUCGAAAUAUUCCUGAAAUUUUCAUCUGGAACGACAGUAACGCAUAUUGGCGGAGUGGUCCAUGGAACGGCAGAGUCUUCAUCGGAGUACCGAACAUGUAUUCUGUAUAUCGUGAUGGAUUUAGUCUUGCAGACGAUAAAGAAGGAGAAUUCUAUUUAACUUUUUCCUAUUCGAACGAGUCUUUCCCAAAACAUUAUGUCUUGAAUGAGCAAGGAAAUCUACUUCGAGUAGAUAGCAAAAAUGGGGAGGAUGGGGAGGUCACGGCGUCAACUUUCCAGACUGAGUGCGAUGUUUAUGGCAAGUGUGGGGCAUUUGGAAGCUGUAAUUCACAUAAUUCACCAAUUUGCAGCUGUUUACGGGGGUUUGAGCCAAAAAACACAGAAGAAUGGAACAGAGGAAAUUGGACUAGUGGAUGUGUGAGGAGGACACCCUUGCAGUGUGAGAGGGUGAACAAUGGCAGUGAUGGGGACAAAAAAGAUGGAUUUUUGAAACUGACGAUGAUGAAAGUGCCAGACUUGGCAGAUUGGUCAUCUGCUCGUGAAGAAAAUUGUAGAAACCAAUGCUUGGAGAAUUGUUCUUGUAUUGCUUACGCAUUUGAUGCUGGCACUGGUUGUAUGCCAUGGACAAGAAGCUUAAUUGACGUACAGAAAUUCUCGAGUGGCGGAGUUGAUCUUUAUGUUCGUGUGGCCUAUUCAGAACUUGAAAAAGAGGAAAAUGUGAAAGUAAUCGUGACAGUCACAGUCACAGUGAUCAUAGGAGUAAUAUUUACUGGCAUAUGCACUUACAUAUUCUGGCGUUGGAUGGCUAAACAAAAAGCAAGGAAGAAGAAAACCAAGGAGAUGUUACUGUUGAACAUAAGGGAAGCAUAUCCAAAAUUUCCUGGUGAAGACAAGCAUGGAGACAGAUUGAACCAAGUUAAACUCCAAGAUCUACCGUUAUUCAAUCUUCAAGAGCUAGCAAGUGCAACAAACAACUUCCAUCUAUCAAAUAAGCUUGGGCAGGGUGGAUUUGGUCCCGUAUACAAGGGAAAACUGUUGGAUGGACAGGAAAUUGCAGUAAAAAGACUUUCAAAAGCCUCUGGACAAGGUCUAGAAGAAUUUAUGAAUGAGGUGGUGGUAAUCUCUAAACUCCAACACCGAAAUCUUGUUAGACUCCUUGGCUGCUGUGUUGAUGGGGAAGAACAGAUGUUGGUCUACGAAUACAUGCCAAACAAAAGUUUGGAUGCAUUUCUCUUUGAUUCAAUCAAAUCAAAAGUACUAGAUUGGAGAAGACGCUUCAACAUUAUGGAAGGAAUUGGUCGAGGUUUGCUGUACCUUCACAGGGAUUCCAGAUUAAGGAUUAUUCAUAGAGAUUUAAAGGCAAGUAACAUCUUGUUAGAUGAAGAGCUAAAUCCAAAAAUAUCAGAUUUUGGCAUGGCUAGGAUUUUCGGGGGUAAUGUAGAUCAGGCCAAUACUACAAGGGUUGUUGGAACAUAUGGCUACAUGUCCCCUGAAUAUGUAAUGCAAGGGCGCUUUUCAGAGAAAUCAGAUGUCUUCAGCUUUGGAGUGUUGUUACUGGAGAUAGUUAGUGGGAGAAGAAACAAUAGCUUUUACGAUGAUGACCAUGCUAUGCACCUUCUAGGAUUUGCAUGGCAAAUGUGGAAUGCAAACAACUUUGUGGCAUUAAUAGACCCGAUGAUUCGUGAACCCUGCUUUGAAAUGGAAAUUUUGAGAUGCGUACACGUUGGGCUGCUGUGUGUGCAAGAAUUUGCCAAAGAUAGGCCAACUGUCUCCACUGUUAUUUCCAUGCUUAAAAGUGAGACUCUUGAUCUGCCUCUUCCAAAGCAACCUGCAUUCACGGAAAGGCAAAUUGCCCCAGAUGCUGACUCCUCUCAACAGAACCCAAGUAAAUGCUCUGUUAAUAAUGUUACUGUUACAAUGGUUCAAGGCCAUUUUACUUCUGGUCGCACCAUUCAGAAAGAGAACAGAAAGUUGGAAGAUACCAUAACUGCUGUUUCUUUGGAGGAUAAUGCCCUCUGGCUAAGGCAGCUGGUUGGGCUCCUAGGCCAGUUCGUUCUCUUCGUCCAAUCCUUCAGCCAAUACCAACCCAGAAACAAGUUAUGGCUCCCUACUUUCCUUCUGUUUCUCUCUGGAACCAUCAAGUAUGGUGAGCGAACACGUGCUUUAUAUCGGGCAAACCUGAAAAACUUCCGGAAAUCGAAUCUUACAGCACCGGACCCAGGGCCUAACUAUGCAAAGCUCAUGGAGGAAUACGCUUCGAAGAGAGAGGCCAGCCUCCCAACGCAAAUAGAGUUGAUACGAGAACCUAAUCAAGAAUCCAAGACUUCACGUUACCCAGUCGAAGAAGGCAGGCUGGGAGCGCGAAGAGAGCCGGCUAUUUUCCAGAACAGAGACUCAGAGGAUGCCUUUCAAGUGCUAGCGAUUGAACUCAACUUCUUCUACGAACUUCUCUACACCAAGGUUAUCGUACUGUAUUUGAAGUUUGGAUACUUUGUUCGAUUUACAUCGUGGUGUGCGGUUGUGGGAGCCAUUUCAACCUUCUAUUCAAUAGAUAAGAAUGAUUUUCGCAAGAUUGACGUUGGAAUUACAUAUACCUUGCUCUUUGGUGCCAUAUUCUUGGAUACAAUUGCUCUGUUUAGGAUGGCUUUCUCUGAUUGGGUUGCUGCUUCCAUCCAGUUGUCAUCCAGGCAAAAUAAGUACGUAGUAGCUGUAAAGAAAUGGUUCCUCAUAAAAGCUGUAAAGAAAUGCUUCCUGUUUCUCCUCCGAAACUAUCUCAAGCUCAAGAGGAUAAACUUGCCGCAGACAGCAGAUACAAAAGAUCCCGAUUCUGGCAUUACGAAGAGGAUAUAUUCAGCUCGAGGAGAAUGGGUUCUACAGAAUGCUGAUCUUCUUGAGAGUAGCAAGUUGAAGUUGAUGCAUUAUAUUGUCGACCUAAAAUUUGAUCAGAGCCUUAUAUUAUGGCAUGUUGCUACAGAACUCUACUACCAGAAGGAGAAGGAGAAGGAGGAGAUUCAUGAAGACAGUAGUAGUGAUCAUCGUCAAUCUUGUAAAGAAAUGUCUGAUUAUAUGUUAUAUCUUCUAGUUAUGCAGCCCACAAUGAUGUCUGCUGAAGCACGUAUUAGCGAAAUAAGAUUCCGCGAUACCUGUGCCGAGGCCACACACUUCUUCAAUAGAAAGCCCGACGAGGCGACGACCAUGGACAAGAGCAAUUUGAUCAAGAGCAUAAAGAGGGAUUCUAGAUUAAGAAUUAUUCAUAGAGAUCUAAAAGCAAGUAACAUCUUGUUGGAUGAAGAGCUAAAUCCAAAAAUAUCAGAUUUUGGCAUGGCUAGGAUUUUUGGGAUCAGUGAGGAUCAGGCCAAUACUACAAGGGGUUACAUGUCCCCUGAAUAUGCAAUGAAAGGGCGAUUUUCAGAUAAAUCAGAUGUCAUUAGUUUCGAAGUGUUGUUACUCGAGAUAAUCAGUGGAAGAAAAAAUUCUAGCUUUUAUGAUGAUGAGCAGGCCAUGAGCCUUCUAGGAUUUUCAUGGAAAAUGUGGAAUGCAGACAACAUUGUCGCAUUAACAGACCCAAUCAUACGUGAACCAUGCUUUGAAAUGAAAAUUUUGAGAUGCAUACAUGUCGGGCUGCUGUAUGUGCAAGAAUUUGCUAAUGAUAGGCCAACUCAACCUGCAUUUACUGAAAGGCAGAUUGCCCCAGAUGCAAGCUCCUCUCAGCACAACCCAAGUAAAUACUCUGUUAACAAUGUUACUGUUACAAUGGUUCAUGGCCGGAGCUGCAAUGUCUUCGGCAUAGAUAUUGAAGAGGCUUUGCAUCAUGCAGUAUCAAGAAGCACCAAAUACAAAGGAGAAGUUAAGCAAGAUUCCUUGAGAAGGAGGCAACAGGAAGUCAUGAGCCAUAAUUUGAGCUUUUUGUUUUUUCAGUUGAAAGUGGAUAUUUGUAAGAGAUUCCUAGAAGGCCUGAAGUUUGGCUCUGCCACAGAUACCAUCACAGGCGCAAAAUUCAUUAGCGACCCUGAAACCAUAAUCUCCAAUGGGGGUGACUUCAAACUGGGAUUUUUCAGCCCCCCAAAUUCUACCUUUCGCUAUGUUGGAAUAUGGUAUGCUAACAUUUCUGUGCCCACUUUCAUAUGGGUUGCUAACAGAAACAAUCCCCUCAAGAAUUCCUCUGGAAUUCUUACCAUAUCCGAAGAUGGCAAUCUGGUAGUGUUAGAUGGGCAAAAGAAGCUUCUUUGGUCAUCAAAUUUAACAAAUUCUGUUGGCAAUUCGAGUGCCCAGCUUUUAGAUUCUGGAAACCUUGUUUUGCGAGGAAACACUACAGGGACAAUCAUAUGGGAGAGUUUCCAGCAUCCUUCUAAUACAUUCAUAAAAAAUAUGAAAAUUAGUACGGAUGUUAGAACGGGUAAGAAAGUGCAGCUGACAUCCUGGAAAAGUCCUUCUGAUCCAUCCAUUGGAAACUUCUCUGCCGGUAUUGAGGUUCGAAAUAUUCCUGAAAUUUUCAUCUGGAACGACAGUAACGCAUAUUGGCGGAGUGGUCCAUGGAACGGCAGAGUCUUUAUCGGAGUACCGAACAUGUAUUCUGUAUAUCGUGAUGGAUUUAGUCUUGCAGACGAUGAAGAAGGAGCAUUCUAUUUAACUUUUUCCUAUUCGAACGAGUCUUUCCCAAAACAUUAUGUCUUGAAUGAGCAAGGAAAUCUACUUCGAGUAGAUAGCAAAAAUGGGGAGGAUGGGGAGGUCACGGCGUCAACUUUCCAGACUGAGUGCGAUGUUUAUGGCAAGUGUGGGGCAUUUGGAAGCUGUAAUUCACAUAAUUCACCAAUUUGCAGCUGUUUACGGGGGUUUGAGCCAAAAAACACAGAAGAAUGGAACAGAGGAAAUUGGACUAGUGGAUGUGUGAGGAGGACACCCUUGCAGUGUGAGAGGGUGAACAAUGGCAGUGAUGGGGACAAAAAAGAUGGAUUUUUGAAACUGACGAUGAUGAAAGUGCCAGACUUGGCAGAUUGGUCAUCUGCUCGUGAAGAAAAUUGUAGAAACCAAUGCUUGGAGAAUUGUUCUUGUAUUGCUUACGCAUUUGAUGCUGGCACUGGUUGUAUGCCAUGGACAAGAAGCUUAAUUGACGUACAGAAAUUCUCGAGUGGCGGAGUUGAUCUUUAUGUUCGUGUGGCCUAUUCAGAACUUGAUAAAGAGGAAAAUGUGAAAGUAAUCGUGACAGUCACAGUGACAGUGAUCGUAGGAGUAAUACUUACUGGCAUAUGCACUUACAUAUUGUGGCGUUGGAUGGCUAAACAAAAAGCAAGGAAGAAGAAAACCAACGAGAUGUUACUGUUGAACAUAAGGGAAGCAUAUCCAAAAUUUCCUGGUGAAGACAAGCAUGGAGACAGAUUGAACCAAGUUAAACUCCAAGAUCUACCGUUAUUCAAUCUUCAAGAGCUGGCAAGUGCAACAAACAACUUCCAUCUAUCAAAAAAGCUAGGGCAGGGUGGAUUUGGUCCCGUAUACAAGGGAAAACUGUUGGAUGGACAGGAAAUUGCAGUAAAAAGACUUUCAAAAGCCUCUGGACAAGGGCUAGAAGAAUUUAUGAAUGAAGUGGUGGUGAUCUCUAAACUCCAACACCGGAAUCUUGUUAGACUCCUUGGCUGCUGUGUUGAUGGGGAAGAACAGAUGUUGGUCUAUGAAUACAUGCCAAACAAAAGUUUGGAUGCAUUUCUCUUUGAUUCAAUCAAAUCAAAAGUACUAGAUUGGAGAAGACGCUUCAACAUUAUCGAAGGAAUUGGUCGAGGUUUGCUGUACCUUCAUAGGGAUUCCAGAUUAAGGAUUAUUCAUAGAGAUUUAAAGGCAAGUAACAUCUUGUUAGAUGAAGAGCUAAAUCCAAAAAUAUCAGAUUUUGGCAUGGCUAGGAUUUUUGGGGGUAAUGUAGAUCAGGCCAAUACUACAAGGGUUGUUGGAACAUAUGGCUACAUGUCCCCUGAAUAUGCAAUGCAAGGGCGCUUUUCAGAGAAAUCAGAUGUCUUCAGCUUUGGAGUGUUGUUACUGGAGAUAGUUAGUGGGAGAAGAAACAAUAGCUUUUACGAUGAUGACCAUGCCAUGCACCUUCUAGGAUUUGCAUGGCAAAUGUGGAAUGCAAACAACAUUGUGGCAUUAACAGACCCGAUGAUACGUGAAUCCUGCUUUGAAAUGGAAAUUUUGAGAUGCAUACACGUCGGGCUUCUGUGUGUGCAAGAAUUUGCUAAAGAUAGGCCAACUGUCUCCACUGUUAUUUCCAUGCUUAAAAGUGAGACUCUUGAUCUGCCUCUUCCAACGCAACCUGCAUUCACGGAAAGGCAAAUUGCCCCAGAUGCUGACUCCUCUCAACAGAACUCAAGUAAAUGCUCUAUUAACAAUGUUACUGUUACAAUGGUUCAAGGCCGAUAGCUAGUAUGUUAGUUUGAUUUUGGACUUGUUAAUUAUAUGAUUUACGUAGU